UAAAAUUGAAAUUUGGAAGAAAACUUUUAAUAGCAUAAUUGGUUGAGUUUACAUUUCAUCAACUUUAACACUAGUUUUCUAGUAUCAAGAUUAAUCACAAAUAGUUAUAUAAAAAAAAAGUCUAGGAAAUUAAAAUGAAAUAUAUUUUUUAUAUUAUCAGAUCAUCUAAGAAAGUCAAUCAGAUAUAUAAAGUUUGAUAAGCUGCAAAACAUACUAACAAUGUAAUGACAGAGAUCUUUUAAUCAAAGGUUUUGAUUUUGAAUCAGCCUUGGUCGGGGCACCUUUCCUGUUAAAACGAGACAUACAUAACAUGAAUUUAAAUUAUUUUAGUCAGUAUAUACGUUCGGGAUAACACAUAAAGUAGUUACUAACCUAGCUACUUUCCUAUAUUUAAAAAUCACGAACAAUCACUACUAGAAAUCGAUCAAUUUUUUGAACAAUCACUUAUGGUUAUUAUUAUUUUGUGGUCAUGACAUGCAGCUUAGGGUUUCAGGGGUAAUGAGCAAUGCACCAUAUAUGCUUGUUUUGGAUUGUGACAUGUAUUGCAAUGACCCUUCUUCAGCCAAGCAAGCAAUGUGUUUUCAUCUUGAUCAUAAUAUUUCUACUACUCUUUCCUAUGUACAAUUCCCUCAAACAUUUUAUAAUGUUAGUAAAAAUGACAUCUAUGAUGCUCAAUCAAGAUCAGCAUAUCAGAAUAAGUAUCAAGGGAUGGAUGGAGUAGGAGGGACUGUUUGUGCAGGCACAGGCUAUUAUUUGAAGAAAGAAGCAUUAUAUAGUACUCCAAUUAACCAAGAUAAUAUGACUACACUUUUUCAAAAAGCUCAAUUAGAAUACAAGUGGGAAUCUCAAUUGUAUCAAUCAGGUUUAUCUUAUUAAUUUACACAUAAUUGUGUAGUUUAUUUUGUUUAAGCAUAUAAUUCUAUGAACAUUUUAUAUAUUUAUUAAUUAAAAAUAUGUAUAUUUGGUUUAUAGAGGAGUCACUUCAAGAGGCAGAAGAAAAGUUUGGUGCUUCUAGAAAGUUCAUUAACUCUUUGAAUCAUCAAAGAAAUGGAAGGGAAAAUGUUCUAUGUGAUGAGAUGAUUGAUGAAGCUAAAGCUCUUGCUUCUUGCACUUUUGAAGAAAAUACAAGAUGGGGUAAAGAAGUAAGUAUCAUCCUAUUACUAUACUAGUCCAUAUAUAUUUUUAGGCACGUUAAAUAAGCGGGUUGAACUGAAUUAAAACGGCUAAAAUGAGUUAAGUCAUUAACUCAUUCAAGAUUAAAAUAAGCCGAAUUAACUCAUUCAAGAUUAAAAUGAGCUGAGUCAAGAUGGAAUACAUAAUAAAUCAUAAUCGAACCUGAUGACUCUUUUUAUGUUUAAUUAUAUCAAAUAAAACUAACAAAAUUCCUUUUUUAUGAUCGUUUAUAACAGGUAUCAAAUAAUAAUAAUAAUUGCUUAGCCCAAUUUUUGGUAUGACUAAAUUGAGUGGGUCAAAAGAGAUAAAUUAGAUGUGUGAUAUAUUUAUGACCUUAUUUUGACACUUGUGUUAAAUUAUGUGAUUAUUUCGUCUAAAAGCUUAAACUGUUGUUUUCAGAUAGGGUACUCAUACAAUAGUUUACUAGAGAGCUCAUACACAGGCUAUCUCUUGCAUUCUAAGGGGUGGAAAUCAGUAUAUCUUUACCCAAAGAGGCCAUGUUUUCUUGGUUGUAGCACCAUUGAUAUGAAAGAUGCUUUGGUCCAACUCAUGAAGUGGGCUUCUGGGCUAGUACAAGUUGGACUUUCAAAAUACAGCCCAUUUACUUAUGGGCUCAUGUCAAAAAUGCCUUUAGUCCAAAACAUGUGUUAUGGAUACUUCAUGUUCUCACAUUUCCUCUCCAUUCCUUGCUUCCUCUAUGGCAUUGUUCCACCUUUGUGCUUCUUGAGUGGCACUCCACUGUUUCCCAAGGUGACAAGCCCAUGGUUUGCUUUAUUCACAACCAUAUUCUUAUCAUCUCUAUCUCAACAUUUAUAUGAAGUCAUGUCUAGUGGUGGCAACUUAAGAACAUGGUGGAAUGAACAAAGAAUUUGGAUAAUAAAAACAGUCACAGCUUGCUUAUUUGGAUGCUUAGAUGUUUUAAUGAAGUGGUUAGGUGUUGCAAAGGCAAAUUUCAGGUUAACAAACAAAGCUAUAGAUGAAGAGAAAUUAAGGAAACAUGAAAAGGGUAAAUUUGAUUUCCAAGGUGCUAAGUUAUUUAUGGUUCCUUUGACAUUUUUAGUGGUGUUUAAUGUGAUAUGUUUCAUAUUUGGAAUGAAAAGAUUGGUCUUAGAGAGGAACUUUGAGGAGAUGUUUGGACAAGGUUUCCUUUCUUUUUAUGUUUUAGUUCUUAGUUAUCCUAUAUUAGAGGGUUUAGUAGUAUCAAAGAAACAAAAGUAAAAAAAUGUUUUCUUGAAAUUUGUGUAUAUCAUGUAUAAAUAAUGUUGUGACAUCAAUAUAAAUGUUUUUGCUUUCAGUUUGUUGCAUUAUUAAUUCACCUUUCAUCUUGAUUCAUAAUCAAGAAAAACGGGAACUAAAGCACAUAUUUUUAUUUUUUUUUAAAGAAUUUUGAAAGAUAUCAAUCUUUCGUUAUGUAAAAAGAUAUCUCUUUUUUUUUAAUCUCCAAAAAUUAAGAGAGAAAAUAGUCUACUUGGAUGGAUGGUUUAAUUUUUAAAAAUUACAAAAUCUACUAUUGAAAAGAUUACCUGUGGUGAUCUGGUUGUGUAAUUUUAUUUUAUUUUACACUACUUAUAUAUGUAAGUUAAAGUUAAUGGGAUCUAUUGAUCGAUAUGUCUUGUCUUAGCCCACUAGUAUCUUUCUCUUUGGGAGAUAAUAGAUAAAUCAUAUUGCAAUAAUCAUGUGACACGUUUAUUAUGGAGAUGUGAUAAUUAUGUAAAUUUAUUCAAAUAUUGUAUUCAUCAAAAUAAUACAGUACGAGAUAAUUCAAUACAACGAAACCAUACAUAAGCUUCAACUUAUCAACACAAAAGCUUCAACCCUUUUUUAACUCCUUCAUCAAUAGCUUUCUCCCCUUUGAAUUUUAUCUUUUCACUCAAUUCCAUUGCCUUCAAAUUAACUUGUUUCCUAGUGUUAUCCUCUACCACUUUCUUUAUUCCUUUUGCCACCUCUUCUUUCAUUAUUUCUCCAUUUUCACCUCUCAAAAUCUCCACCCCUAUGCCAAGUUCCUCCACUAAUCUUGAAUUCAAUGGUUGAUCAUGAUUCAUAGGCAUGGCUAUUAAUGGUAUGCCAAA